AUGGGAAUUGUAUCAGGCAAGGAUCAGUAUUACAAUGCGAGGGCCAAGCCAGUCGGCUCUUUACCGGGACGAACUUCGGGCGAUGCACCAUGGAGUCAAGGAGAAGCGUCUUAUCAGAAAAGCAUUGGAUGCCCUUUGGGACUAAAAAACAGAGCAAGAGGAAUUGUGCUGCUAGUCCCCGGCACAGGUGGCGACGCCAGUGAGGCUUAUAAGUCUUCGCCAUAUUACCAAGGUCUGCCGUCACAAGGUUUCGAUUUGUGCUGGGUCAAUAUUCCAAACUAUUCUCUUGGUGACAUGCAACUGGCUGCCGAGUUUGUUGCCUAUGCAAUCAAGUUCCUCGCACCCAAGUCAACCGCAAGCGGGGGUAAAAUCAACAUCGUCAGCUUUAGUCAAGGUGGUCCAAACGGCUCGAAUUACAUGAAAGCUGCAAACAGUCUCAAGGAUAAGCAAAGCCCAGCAUACGCGCACAUUCCUACUACUAUCAUCUAUACCACUACUGACGAAAUAGUCACCCCACAAGUUGGUCCUAAUGCAUCCUCACAAUUGAUCGGAGCAUCGCGUAUCUCGAUCCAGGAAAUUUGUGGCAUUCUCAACAACCCUGGCCACUUUUUUAUUUUGGGAGACGUUGGAGUCUACGGUAUUGCACUUGAUGCCUUGCUUAAAGGCCACCCUGCCCAAGCGUCAACGGUAGAUCGCUCCUAUUGCACAAAGACGGUCCAAAGUCUGGGAUUCCAAAUAGGCAAUCUCGGAAACGACUUGAAAUUCGCUUUCCGCGUUGCUAUUGGUGAGGAGAGAGGACAGAUGAUUGCGAGCCAAUUGAGAACUCUGCGGGUCCCGGCAGAGCCUCUGCUUCAGCAAUACGUGUGUGACCGUGGAUAUACCACUUCAAAAUGUACUACCAAUGGCUUCAAAGGAAAUUCAACUGGAUCAUUUGUUGAGGUCGAAAAGGCGGCCUUCGGUAAUUCAUGGGCUGAUGAAUAA